ACUAUCUUAUUAUAUGUUGCUUUGACUAACAGACCGCCCAGGUAACAAUCCUUCCAGCUAUUUUCAAGCUACCAAAGUAGCCAAGAUCUAGACAAGGUGGCGCUACUAUAUAGUAAUAUAAUUUCCUCAUUGGGCCUCUUACAUUUACUCCUCUACUUGUAUCUAUUUAAUCCCUUUAUGGUAGACAAUGGUGUUGUUAUGAGACGAAUCUUUUGGUAUGCCUGCCUCUCGAUUGUGUGCGAACAAUGUCCUUUGAUAUAAAACAAGAGAGCAAAGAAUCAUGGUUGCUCGAUGGUAUAUAGGUAUACGACUCCUUCGACCGGGCAAUCGUGCUGUUUGCUUCUGCAAACAUAUCCUUGGUAAUUCGGACUCUAGUGCUUGUACAUCGCAGACUGAGUCGUUUCGAGGCAGUUUAGCAGGGCUAGCCUCCUCAAAGCGGUCAUAGUCUAUAAGAAAGUGAGGAUCUUGAGUUCGGCGUCGACUUCCCUUUUUUCUAUUGUUUUUCUCGCUUCAGUCCACCAUGGAUUACCAGGACCCUAUCGUAGAGCCUUCGGGCCAAUAUUUCGACUCGACGGAAUUUAUCGGCGAUGCUAACUUCGGUGAUGUCAACCUAGAUGCAGACUUCUUUACAGUACCUGACCCGCCCUCUAGACCUGUCCAACCUGUCCAGCCCGCUCCACCGGAUGAUGUAGCCCACCAAUAUAAUAUUCAAGGACAAGCAACAGAGCCGAUGCAGGCAGCUCCCCAGCAAUUUAUAAAUCCGCAAUUUCUAGAUAAGAAUUAUGAUCCAAACAUGGUUCAAGCGGUACCACAACGGAACGACGGCGCCAAUACCCCUGUACACAGCCAAGCGUAUAACCCCAACUACAAUGGCAUGCCAUAUCCUAAUCAAUACCCCCCAAAUCCACCCUAUGUCCCUUAUCCUCCUCCUCCUACGCCUGUCCAACACGUUCCUGCUGGCUACCAACAGGGUUAUGCCCAACAGCAGCAAAUGCAGCCGAUGGUUGUCGCGCCCCAAGUUCUUCACCACCAACACGUCCCGUACUCGAUGGCGCAGCCAAUGCCACCCCAACCCAGAGUGGUAGAAGAACCUGAAAUUCCAGAGAAUAAUCUAGCAACAUCAACACCUGUACAUUACAGGAGCAGGUGGCCCUCUCCGAAGAUUGUACCUGGUACAGAGCGGCUAAAACGACCUACGAAGGGCCCCAACGGCGAAAACCUCAGAAACGAUAAGAUACCUCGUGUCACACGGAAGAACCAAGCUAAGCCGGACGUUACUCAGUGGUACGGGCCUCCGCAACCUCCACCUAAGAGUUGGGGACCGUUAGACGAAAGUGGACGCCAUAUGUUCAACUACACGGAAUAUGGUGAGCUUGAGAGGGCCAGAACAUACUCGCAACAGGAGAUGCGCUGGUACGUUUAUGGUCCCAAAAUACACGAGGAAUUUGAGUUGCCCGAACGGUUACCCGGCGUGCCUAAAGUAGAGGACAAGGUUCGUCAGGGUCUCACGCUCUGGAUUGGUUGGGUGGCACCACAGGCCAACAGUCGGUAUCCCCUCGGGACUCAAUCCCAAAGGUGCCGAUUCGCGUCCUGUGUUGAUCCUCACAACACGAUCAGGACCGGAUUCCCUCGCAUCAUUUUUGACGAGCGGAUGAAUGAGGAUGCUGAGGCUGUCGACCCCUACCACAACGCUGGGUACGUCCAUCUAUUCUGCUUCGAGCAACACUUUGACAUCUACAGCGCGAUGCUUCAUCUCGACAUACGUCUCGAUGACAGACGUUUCAAACGUGAGCCGAACCUUUUUAACUUUUCGAGACAAUUCCCCCAACUCACUCUCGAAUGGGAACGCUGGUGGCAGGCGGAAAGUCAGAGAUGGCAUGAGUACAUAGAUGAUCCCAGACGCAGUAGGCGUAGGGAUCGCCCAUACGAGACCUCCUUAGGUUAUAAGAUGGUCAAGCACACAGUCGAUUACGGUACUGAUGUUCGAGCUAAAAUGCGCGAAGAUAGGGCAGGCGCCGACGUCUCGAAGCACAUGGGUAACUUGAUUGUGCAGAAAUUCCUCAAGGACUGUAAGAUGUGGGAUCUUUUGGACGAACACGGCGACCCGGUUCCUAAUGCCGAGGAGGAAUUGAAAGGUUGUAGGGGAGGCUACGGCGCUAAGAAAGGGCCAACUGGGAAAACUGGGAUGAAGAGACGUAAUAAACCCAGCCCGAUUUCGACAAGAGGACAUGCGGAAUUGCAUCACAAUGAGGAUACAUCGCCAGGUCUCAGCACACAGUGGACCCCAACACCAACUUCAGAGAACCAGCGAACACCCCAAAUUCUGACGUAUCCCGAGACGAAUAUGCAGAUGCACCCGUCACAAGCGCAACAGUAUGGCAUUGACUAUCAAAAUCAGGGGAUGCAGGUCUAUAACUAUCCGAUAAACCAACCAGUGAACCCCCACAUGAGUCCCCAGAUGAACCAACAGGUAACCUAUUAUGCAAGCCCCCAAGUGACUCAUCACACGGCACCUCCGAUGAACUAUCAGGUACAUCCGUCGAUGCAACAGCCAAUGCAACAGCAAAUGCUCCCACCAAUGCAGUCAUCGAUGCAUCCGUCAAUGUACCAACAGCCUCCUCAGCCAAGGUACCAGCCAGUAAACCAGUCUAUGAGCCCACCUGUAAACCGUCCCGUGGUACCUGUGAGGAAUCCGAGCUACCAGCAACCACAGAUGGCAAUCCAGUACCAGCCAAUACAACCGCGCAAGCGGGGCCGGGAUGAGGUAAUAGCUGAAGAGCAGAACAACGCGGCAUACAACCACUACCAAGCACCAAACCAAGGGAACUCACGCAAGCGGCAACGGCAAGAGCCGGAGAUCCCGAUUGAUCCGAUGCUUGUAAUUGAGGAGACACUCGUCGUCGAGACCACCGAGGAGCAGUAUCCCGCAGCUGGGGACCAGGCGGAUGCAAUGCCCGAGGUAAGUGAACCUCUAGAAGACGGGUUUCUGCAAGAUUCCCACAUGUCGUUUACCGAGCUUCUUGGGGAUAUCGGUGAGUUUGGUGCGGAUGGGCCUGGGCUGUUUGAUGAUCCAUUACUAUAUGUAAAUGCAGAGUCUACAGACCCAGAACUGGAGACUCUGCUAGAGCCCGAGCCCGAGCUUAAGCCUGAACCUGAGCCAGAACUAGAGCCACAACCUCAACCUGGACCUGAACCAGAGCCAAAGCAGGAACCUGAAAUCACAAGUCAAGAGCCUAAGCCUCAAACCGAGACUGUAGGUGACGUAGAAGUUAGCGAUUGUGAGGAUCUCUUCGGCAGCGCUUCUGACAAUGACAAAAGCGAUAACUCCAGCGAAAACCGUUCCCGGCUUAGAUCCGGGAGGGAGUGGUCUAGAAGCCCUAGAUAAAUAACCUGUAGGACGUAUGACAGCGCCAUCAAGGGUUAAUGGCGUUGUAGAGUGAGUGUUUGUUUUGUUUUAAGCGACUGGCAACAAAAUACCAUUUGCCAUUCAACGUACGUUUUGUUUUUUUAUCA